AUUGUUUACGUUUGUGCGUAUUUCCUGGGGCUAAGUCGUUUGUAGUCAUUCAAGUUUCAAAUAAUAUUUAUUCGUGUGUUUUUGUAGAAAAAACGGUGGUUUCCUCUUUUAAUAUAUCGAAUAGAUUAUUUCUGAAAAUAUGUGCCGCAUGCAAUUAAUAAUCAAUACGGCAUCAUGAGUGCUAAGUACGUAACAAGGGAAAACUCUUCACCUUCCAAGGAAAUAGUGUUAGUUGGCGAAUUAGUCGAGGUUAUUGUAAAAAAGCAAGAUAAGACAAAGAGAUCAGAAAGUACACCAAUCAAGCCGACUUCUAAUACCGCUGGGCAAAAAGCAUCAGCGGAGAAAAAGAAGUCUACUCCGAUCAGCACUGAAACUCCCCGGAACUGGGGUCAUAUUUUUGGAAAGCAGAAUCUAUUAUAUAUGAAGCAAACACAAUCUAAGUCUACUAAACAUACGGAGAAUAAAGAUGCAAAAAGGAAUACAAAUGUUCAGGAAUUGCAGAAAAAUAGAUGUAACUAUAACAGCAAACAGCCGGAUGCGACUCGCUCGAAAAGGAUAUUCUCUCAAAAGAAGACGGAGGAUCAUUUCAAGCCUCGCGCAUGUAGGAAACCGUCCCCAUCUUCCACGAAUAGCGUACAGUCUGUACUUGUCCAGGACCGAGCUGUACAAGUUCCUGAAACAAGUAACGGUUCCUAUAAAUUUGGCGAAUUUAAUCCAGUGCGCGCGUUGCGCUUUUUAAUAAAAGAACUGGAGGAUCUGUCCGUGAAAGACAAGAAGACCAAUGAAAUCUUUAAUGAAAUACAACAGAUAUUGUGCAGGAUACCUGUGGAUUCUUCUCCGAGGAAAUCAUUGCUUGGGGAGUUAGACAUCAUCUCCAUGCAAUCUAAACUGGAAGACAGUCAAGUUAAACUGCAGGAAUACACUAAACAGAUGAAGGCGAAAUGUGAGUCAUGGAUGUUAGAACGAGAAACGUUGCUUAGCCAGAUUCAAGAGCUAGACGCGCGUUUAAGGGAGGCUGAUCACAAGCAGGCGGGUUUAGAAAACCAAGUGAAAGUGCUCACGCAUCAGUUGGAAGUCACUCGAACAACAGAGGGUAAAGAUGAAGCGGUGUCGACGUUAAAGCAGCAAAUUAAGGACGACGAGAAAGUAAUGUCAGAAUUAAGAACGGAACUCGCUAAGCAGACGAAACUUGCACGCGAGCGGCACAUUAAAAAUCAGUACAUGAUAAUAGAAAAGGAAAAGCUCUCGGUACUGUCUUCCUACAAAGAUACUCUGAACGUCGAGCUUCGAAACACGAUCAAAGAAUUUCAGAAUAACAUUGCGGAACAAUUGAUGGCUCUGAAGAAGGAACAUGUGAACGGUGGCAAUGUGAAUUUUCCAAUGUCGCCCGUCGACACGGGACCGGCGUGCUCCUCACCCAAUUCAAGCUCCAGCGACGGACACGGUUUAUCGGACAUCUCCCUGUCCGUGGUGGAGCGGGUACCUCAGGAAUGCGUCGUUCUAAAGGGGAACGCGAGCAAAGAAUCCACGCAGUUCGUUAGCUUAGCUGUCGGAGAGUCGUCCGUCAUGCCUGAAUCUUUCCAAAAGCAAGUUGCGAAUGAUGGGGGAACGGCGGCGCAACUUCACAACAAGAAUGACUUUCCCGUCCCUCAUCAAAACGCGAACGAGAUCGUGAGGAAGUCCUUGCAUCAGUUUCCAAGGAACAAUCACGAUAAGGUGUCUGAUAAGCCGAUAGUUUCCGACAUAGAGAAGCAAGUUCAAAGUAUAUUAGACGAUAUGCAAAAUAGGAGGCCUGUGGACGUGCCGAGUCCGCUGAGAGACUGCCCACCGCCCGAUUGGAGCGACAGCAGCUUAUCCAGCGUUAAUACGGCCACCGAUUUAGAUAUUGUGCCGUCCACCGACAUUUAAGUCGGACGUAUGUACUUCAAGUUAGCAAUACCGAUCGCCGAUCUCCACUACGGUAUGCAGAUUUAUGUAAUUGCCGCAGAGCUGUGAUAAUCCGUCGCGUCUGUGAAACGAACCAUUCCAUUUGGCGAUGAAACUCACGAAUUGUGCCGUUCGCAUUGAACAAUAUCGUUUGUCGAUGCGUUGGCUCACACCUUCAGGACGCGUGUUGUGCGUGCGUGUGUAUGUGUGUGUGUGACACGCUAUUUUGUAAAUGAAGAUUAAUUUAUCGACACGUUGAAUCGCGAAAGUUCUCUCAUCGACAGGUGUCGGUGACGUUAGCACAAGUACUUCUCGCGCACGAAUCCCUGUCAAAGUGAUAAGACACCAAAUUGCAAUCCGCUUGUUUCUUUUUGCACAAACUGAAAGUGUCUGUCUCACACGUUCGUUUUCCUUUUUAUUAGUUAAAACUAAGCGUGUAAAUUUUUUUUUUUUUUUUUAAUGAAAUCGUAAAAAUAGGUCAAAAAUAUGUCUUUUCUGUAAAUAUAUAAAAUUUUUAUUUAUAAAUUCGAUUGUGUAAUUCUUACGGUAUCGAUUCUCCCCGUCAUGUUGCUUGACAUAUACCUGUAUUAUUACGAAUUAACUAGGCAUAUAAUACGUCUCAACAUACACUUGCUUUUGCACGGAGAACCGGAGGUGUCACGAAUAUAAAUUUUACAUACAAGAACAAGAUGUAUAUAUAGAUAUAUAUAUAUUUUUUUAUCACAUAUGUAUAUAUACAAGUAAAGUAUAAUACUUAUAAUAUUUUGUAAGUCUUAAUAGGAUUAAAAGGGAACAUUUUAAUACACGUAAAACAUUCAUCGGCUUUGCAUGAAGACGUCUCGAGAAAUACAUAUUUCGUGUUUUUUGUCCAGUAAGCGUGUACAUGGUAUGUACCUUUUCUCCUGUGAACGGUCGAUCUCUCUUUUUCUUCCUUCUUUUUACCUUUUGGUUCGGACUUGUGAUGAUCGAGAAACGUUUAUCUGCUAACGGCUAAUAACAUUACGAACACAGUCCCAACGAUUCGAUGCGCGCGAAAUGAGUUAACGACUGAACCUCGAAACGAAAAAGACUGUCUUCGCGUUUUCUUCUUCUUCUUCUUUCCCGAUCGUUUGGAUGAAAAUGCGAGAAAACGGACGAUAAUGUUUAAAAAUCUCUUUAUUUAUACUCGUGCGUGUCUCACAAGGGAAUUUUCCUCGAUUCGUUCUUUCCUUUUUUUUCGCUCUAUUUUUUCUUUUUCUCUUUUUCUCUUCCCUCUCUUCCUCUUUACAUUUAAUCGUAAUAUACCUAAGGACGUACCGCGUAUCGGUCUUCUAAAGUAGUAAAUCACAAGUUUCGCCAGUCGUUUAAUUUUGAUUAUUAAUUUCAGGCUCGAUUCAACACGAUUUACUCCCGCCGC